UGACCUCGCGUAGGCAAGUUCUUCCCCUUCCUCCAUUUCUAGGGCUUCGAUUCGAUCGGCUUCCGUCAACGCCGAGAUCGCUGGAAGAACGCCGCGUCCGGCGAUCGAGGCAUCCGGGCGAUUCGCCGCUUGGGAACGCGCGUUCCGGAUUCGCAAAUCCCGGGGCCGACGAGCGGUUCUGGUGACCCCUUGACCAUUCGUGGAUAUCUGGAAAUGUCAUCAAGAGGAAGGACAAAUAAUGGAACCGAGCAGCACAUAGACCCACAGCUGCCAAUCCUUGAUGUGGCACCUCUCAAUAGCGUGCCAUAUUUUGGUCCACCUAUAUCACAUAGCAAUGUUGCCCCUUCACAGCUGGAGAUGGAGACAGAAGCUGGGGAAAGUGUUGGGCCCUCCAUCAUGUAUUUCCCUUCUCAUUCUACAGAAGAGUGGGACAAACUGCUUGCCGCCGCUAAAUCUGGGGUUGGACUGGUUGGCAGUGCAGCUAUGGGAAGGAUGGGACCAAUUGUCGGAGCAGUAGACAUUGGAGAAUGCGAGGACUCAUACCUGUUUAGGGUCUCCCUUCCAGGAGUCUCAAGGGAUGAAAAGGAUUUCAGAUGUGAUGUGGAGCCCGAUGGAAAAAUAUUUAUAAAAGGAGUAACAACUACUGGUGAGAAGACGGUCGUGAAGGAUUCCCAAAUUUUCAAGAUGACGCAAAACUUAUGCCCACCUGGACACUUCUCAAUCUCAUUUCAGCUACCAGGUCCUGUUAAUCAUCAACAGCUAACUGGUUUUUUUGGUACUAAUGGGAUUUUAGAAGGUAUUGUGAAGAAGAGGCACUACUAGAGCUUUCUGUAAGAGCACAGGCAAGAGCAUCAUACUGUUUUAGCUGUCAAUCAUGAUGCAGAUGUAGGCUUUAUUGAUUUGGCAAGCGGGGUAGAAAAGAAGAAUGCUGCAACGUUUAGAAUUUCCUCAAGAGCAUGAGGAGAAAUGAGGAUUGCGACAUGUACUAGUUUGAGAACGUUUAAAAUGUCUUCUAGGAGUUGGGAGUCUCCAUUAAGGACCUCUCUGGCUCAUGUCCCUCUAUGUCUUCUAGGAGUUGGGAGUCUCCAUUAAGGACUUCUUUGGCUCAUGCCCCUCUAGAGCGUUAGGUUUUUACUGCCUCUCUUUCUACUGCAGAAGUCAGUUCUGCUAUUCAAAUCUGAGCAUGGUUUAGAGAGCUGAGAUCAAUUGCACUUCGUUCUUAACUUGAUGAAUGUCAGGAAGAAUGCCAAUUGCAAGAGCCUUCCCCAUAGAUUAUGUUACUUGGCGGGCCGUGGUGUCAUGCUUAGGUGGCCUCAUUUUCAGUGCAUGUUCACAAUUUCAGCAAACAACAUAUUAUUGACAUGUAAUAUCAUUGUUUACAUGACAGUGUCGAGUGUCGCAUAAAA